AUGCUUUUACACAUUGCUGCGCCCCGCCUCCCCCGGCCCCACAGCCCCGCAGCGCCCGCCCGCAUCCCGCGCCCGGCGCAGCAGAGCCCUGGGGAGCGCACGGGCGGCGGCGCUGCUGCAGGUCACGGCCUCGCGUGUCCGAACAAACGGAGCCCUCUGGUUGCAGGUGCCUUCUGCAUUCCUUUGUACGUGCCCUAUGUGCUGACAGGGAGAUGGAUCUUCGGGAGAAGCCUCUGCAAACUCUGGCUGGUAGUUGAUUACCUUCUCUGCACUUCUUCGGUCUUCAACAUCGUGCUGAUUAGCUAUGACAGAUUCCUCUCGGUGACAAGAGCGGUCUCCUACAGAGCCCAGCAAGGCAACACCAGGCGAGCAGUGCUGAAGAUGGUGAUGGUGUGGGUAUUAGCAUUCCUGCUUUAUGGACCUGCCAUUAUCAGCUGGGAGUACAUCUCGGGUCAGAGUAUCAUACCCACUGGGGAAUGCUAUGCUGAGUUUUUCUACAACUGGUACUUUCUCAUGACAGCCUCCACACUGGAGUUUUUCACCCCUUUUAUCAGCGUAAUGUUUUUCAACGUGAGCAUUUACCUGAACAUACAAAAGCGGACCAAAUUACGCCUGGAUGUUCUCCAUGAAGUGCACAACCAGCCCUUCGCUGAAGAGAUGGAAAUGAGCCCAGAAACAAAGUUUGCUUCAAAAUGCUACAAGUGGGAGCAGAAGGAGCCAGCUGAAACUCUCAGCCUCUCUAAGAGUGAAGCACAAGCAGCAGCUUCCACCGGUGCAAAAGACCUGCUGACAGCCAGCUCGGGGAGAUCCCAGUGCUGCAACAAAAAGGGCUGUAAGAAUUCAGCAUCCGCACUGUCCUUAGAGAAAAGGAUGAAGAUAGUCUCCCAGGGCAUGACCCAACGCUUCAGGCUCUCCAGAGACAAGAAAGUAGCCAAAUCGCUGGCAAUCAUUGUGGGUAUUUUUGGCAUUUGCUGGGCGCCUUACACCCUCCUUAUGAUUAUCCGUGCUGGCUGCCACGGCCACUGCAUCUCUGACUACUGGUACGAGACUUCCUUUUGGCUGCUGUGGGUCAACUCAGCUGUCAACCCCGUCCUAUAUCCUCUCUGUCACUACAGCUUCAGGAGAGCUUUUAUUAAACUCCUCUGUCCGAAGAAGCUGAAGAUUCAACCUCAUGAUCCCCUGCAGAACUGCUGGAAAUGAAGCUAUCCUUGGGAAAGCCUUUGUAACACAGGCGUAGUAUUGCUUCUUCAGAAGCUGGGAUCACUGCUCUGUAGCAAACGAGGAAGGCAGCUGGGAGAUCACUGUUAACUUAUGCCAGUUCAUCACCAACAAAACCAAGCAGAACAGAGGAAGGAGGAGGUUGGGUUUUUUCCAUUUUAACGUUAACCAUAGGCAGUGAUGUGUCCUCCACCUGCACAGCAGAGCUCUGCUGCCACCUAGUCAGCCUGAGCAGCACCAACAUUUUGUUGAAAUAAGAAACCCAGAAAAUAAAUACCUACCCCAAACCCACCGGACUAAACUCAUGUUUAAAUCAUUAAACUAAAGGUUACGUGAUUGCAAGCCUGAUUUUUACUGAGAAUGGGUUUUGUUUUGUUCUCUUUACACUUAAGUUAUUACGAGAUGAUACUGCAAGAAUGAACCACAGAAAGAAAAAAUGCCUCAUUUAUCAUUACUACUACAGCAGCUACAGCCAUAAUGUUGAUCCUCAUUGCAUAUGGUGCAAGGUAUGUCCUUUCCACUCUCCAAGAAGGGGCACAUCUCUGCCCCAAGGAGUCUGCAGCCAGACUGAGCUUAAAGCCAAGCUUCCUUUAAAGCAGGAGACCUUGGUCAAGCUGAUCUAAGCAACACAUUUAUCAUUUUUUCAAUUGUCUUUUUUAAGCAAUCAGCCAGCUUUUUCCACAGACAGAACAUCAGAUUCAAGAGACCAGGACUCUAACCUAGCAUGAGAUAUUGGGCAUUUUACUUCUGCUUCUCAUCUCAUUCUUCGUCAUGCUUGCCCACAUAGACUCAAUAAGCUCUUUGGGAACUGGCAGUAUGACCACAAAGCAAAAGAGUAACUCCCAUCUCUGCUGGCACUGCUCACUGCUGUAGCAAUACAAAUACAUCAUCAGUUGCCAUGGCAAGCGCUCGUGUUUAACAGUAUUGCAAAGGAAGCUUGAGAUCAUAAGUCUGAAGACUACAUUUAUAAAUGGAAACCCAAUCGCUGUGAAGUUGUACCCACAAGCUUAUGAUGCUGUGGUUGCCAAUUACACUUAGCUAUUGCAAAUAGUUUCUUGGCUGUUGCUAGGAAUAAACAAAAAUGUCAUCCUAAUUUAUUCCAGUGAUGUUUGUUGAGUAGAUCAAUAUUGUCAUCUGAAGUCAUGCUUAAAUGAUGUCUUGUUCUGUGUAUAUGAUAUUGCAGUCUUGUGACAAGCUCCAUCAGGCCAUAAGAUAUGAACUCAAAUACAUGUUUUGAAGUAAGUGUACUGAAAAGUGCCAGUUGCACUGCUGAGCCUUGUGUACUUUCCUGUGUCUACUACCUUCUGAGAACGCCAGUAAAGUACUUUUAUACAAAUAUUUCAUGGGAAGCAGGAUGUUGUUAGAAAUCAUGAAAUCCAACAUUAUGAAAACAAAACAUGUAUGUAUUUGUCUGAGGAGACAAAGCCAAUAAAGAAAAGGCUCCUGAAAAAGCUGCAUUUCUUUUACUGCUGAUUAAAUGGGGUCUGGAUGUCACACAAAGUUGGUGGUGAGAGCGCGGCACUUAAUUCUUUCCGACUGUUGUCUUUUCCAGAGCAUGCUACGUGCAGCCCACAUCUGAAAAGCUUACCUUUAAUCUUUGUGACUCAUGAAAUCCACUCAACUGCCUAAAAAAGACAAAAUCAUAAUCACAGAAUCAUAGGGGUUGGAAGGAACCUCUGGAGACCAGCUAGUCCAACCCUGUGCUAAAGCAGGUUCCCUGCAGUGGGUGAUGUGAACAAGGGCCCAAUUUCCAGCUGUGUUUCUUUUCAUUUGCUCGUAAAGAGAGAGAGGGCUGCAAGAUCCAGCCUGAUAAGAGAAAAGUUAUGUUACACCUACAGAAAAGGGUGGAGGAGUUGUUGGUUCAGUCUUACCUGGUAUUAAAUAGCAGCUUUCAUGCUUUCAUCCUCUUAUCUUUUACCAGAUAACUUAUCUAUCAUUUAACUAGAAAGGAAAUUUAACAGAAAAUAUGAAUCUGAAAGAACUCUUUCUGUUCUGUGGCUAACAGGUAGAUCUCUGACAAAUUAGAUGUGAGAAUACUUUCCACGCUAUGGUUUGUUUCUUACUGACCAAAUGAAUUCACUAAUGAAGAAUUUACCAGUCUUUCCUAUAUGAGACAUUUGCCUGAGCAAGGAUGGAUUGGUAAUUGAGCUUUAUGGUAGAAUAAAGCAGGGAGAUGUCACAGGUGGCUGGUGCUUUUUUUCCUUCUUCCUCCACAUUGCAAUACACAUAAAACAUGCUAUUAUAUGACCAGACCAAACAGUACCCACAGACCAGAGCUAAGGGAGCAUAUGGUGAGUUACCAGGUUCUUUUUCCUCUUUCUGUAAAAUUGUUCCUUCCUAGAGUUUAAAUUCAGUGUAUCAAAUUAAAAAAGAAAGAAGAGUUGCCACUCCUAGCUGGUUUUCCUGCACGUGAUGAGCUGAGCAAGAAGGCAUUUAAAAAGGAAGUUGCAACUGUUUGUCUGAAUUCUGAAAACUGUUGUUUCCAUUCUCAAAUUCUUAGCUCGUAAUUAAAUAUUUGCAUCCUGAAGACGAGCAGAUUUUGUCCUAUGUCCGUGGCAGUAAUUCUAUUCAAAAGCAAUGAGACCUAUUUUAAUUUUUGAAUUGACUUUGCAGAGACAUGGGCUGGGAUUUCUUUUUCUAUACAUAUUCUCUCAGUCAAACAGCUAAAGCUGCAAGCAACACAGCGUUAAGAGGCCGAUAAAAUGCAUAAUACUUGUAGAGUUGAUGGAGAUUGCUCUUGCUCCCUGUGAUCCAUAAGGCCACACUGUACCUACACUCAACUCCAUGUGCCAUCUCUGCCAGUGCCACAAAUCCCUGAGUCCCACUAGUGACACCAGUGUAUUUCUGUAUCAUUUAGAACCCAGUGCUACUUUUCUCUGAGCUGUCAGAAUGGACCAUGUUCCUUUCUACAGGGUAAAGAAAUGGGCAGGUUUCAUCAUAAAGCUUUUGCACGGUAUUUCCAUGGUCGCUGACUGUUGUAUGUGCAGAAGAUGCUCAACACAUUUUCAGAUAAGAACUGGGUGAACUGCAGCCAUAGAUCCAUCCUAAAAGAACAUUGGUUUCUCCCGUUUCCCUUUCCAUAUCUCCCUGGAUUUCAAUAAUGUUCCCAUCACACCAGUAAUGUUUUAACUGCAAGAAAGUGAUAUCAAGAUGAGCAAAAAGCAGCCCCCAAAUUAACAGAAGUUAUUUUAUAAGAUAGGAGCAGUACAUCAUUUUGCUAUAAACUGGGAAAAUAUAAUUUGGGAAUCUUGUAGAAUUCUUCAUGGUAA